AUGGCUGGUCCAGAGGAGAUGAUGGAUGUGACAGCAGGUGUGAAGCGGCCUACUACGUCUUCUUCUAUGGAUCUGGACAGUCUGCAGCGGAAGAAGUUCAAGACGGAUGAGCUGCCUUUGUCCGCGGCGCAGCAUUCGGCCAUUGAGCAUUUACUGCACGCAUUCAAGAAGAGGGGUGGAUUUGAUACUAUUCGGAAGAAGAUAUGGUCUGAAUUCCAUGAUGGGGAAGGGAAGAUUGAGUUUACGAAACUACUGGUCGAACUCGCUGAAUCUGAAAUCGAUCGCGAACCCGGUCUUCUUUCUCGCGAACGUGGAAAAGCUGCAACUUUGAUCGAAGGUGCCGUGGAUCGAAGCGAUGUCUACAAAACUGUCGAACAUACCCUUGAUGCGCUGGCCGAGAAACACCUCCCCGCUAUUCUGGAUUCCGUGCGCGAUAUCCGUCGCGAUGAGGUCGGCGAGGAGCUUGCCGCGCAGGAGGAAACCGCAGGGAACAAAACUGAUGAGGACUACGCCGCUAAUGUGAAGGCGAAGCGCGACGAGCGCGAAAAGGUCUGGCAGGAGGAGCUGCGCAAGCAAAAGGAGAUUGAAGAGGAAGAAGCGCGCAAGAAGGCGGAGGAAGAUCGCAAGCGACGUGAGUUGGAACGUCAGAAAGAAGAAGAAGAGAGAGCCAGGAGGAGGGAGCGCGAGGAACAGCGCCGCGAAGAGCAGCGAAAGCUGGAUGAGCAGAGAGAAAAGGAACGACAGGAACGCUACGAACGCCGCCGCCGCGAAGAGCGCGACAGAUAUCGCGAUUGGCGCGAUCGAAGCCGAACUCGAGACCGUGAUUCAGACCGUGAUAGGGAUAGGGAUAGAGAUCGUUACCGUUACCGAGAUCGCUCGCCAGGCUAUCGCUCUGACCGCGCCCACUCCCCACGGUAUCGCGACUCGCGCAAAGAAAAGUCACCGACUCCGAAAGAACCUACGCCUGCAGCUGCGCCAGCGGCGCCGCCAGUGGACGAGAAGUCGUUGGAGGAGGCGGCGCUACAACUGUUGCUGAAGGAGGGAGAAGAGCUGGCAGCCAAGGCACGACAGAAGCCCGAGUUCGACUUUGAGGAAGCGGAGGCCAUCGAAAAUGGUCUCAAGCCGCCGCCGAAAGGGCCCAAGGCUGACUCGAGAUUCUCCAACACUCCGACCAAGGCUGGUAGUCCGGCUGUCGAGGCCGAGCCCAAUCGACGACGCGGAUCAACAGCAGACGAUCGCCCCCGGACAAAGAGGCGCGACGAGAGUCGCAGUCGCUCACGACGGAGGUUCUCCUCCCGGUUUGACGAUGACCGUCCAGAGCGUUCGCGCGACGUAUCCAGCCAGCCCCGUAAUCAUACGGUGACCGGAGCUAUCGCCCCAGCCGCCGGAGCAGAAGCAGAUCUACUACUCGAAAUCAUGACAGAGACCGUGACCGCGACCAUGACUACCGCCGCGACCGCAGCCGUGAUCGAGACCGAGAUCGCCGGGACCGAGACCGGGACAGAGAUAGAGACAGAGAUAGAGACAGAGAUAGAGACAGAGACAGAGACCGCGACAGACCUCGAGACCGUGACCGUGACCGUGACCGCGAUCGAGACGACUACCGCCGCCGCCGCAGCUACUACUCCCGAUCCCGAUCACGACCCCGAUACCGCUCCCGCACACGCUCCCGCUCUGCCCACCGUGACCGUGACCGAGAUCGCGAUAGAGACGUCCGAGAUCGAGAUAGAGACCGAGACCGAGAUCGAGACCGAGAUAGAGACCGAGACGCCCGCCCCCGCGACACAACCGACCGCGAACGAGAUCGAGGCCGAGACCGCGACCGCGCCGACCCUCCCCCCAAAGACGAGAAAUCCCCUCCCCGCCGCGUAUCGGUAUCCUCGAGACGACGAUCCCGCUCGCGCCGACGAUCACGCAGUCGACGCCGCUCGCCGAGUCUCCUCGAUAUCGAUCGCUACGUGCCGCCUACUAGUCGUCGGAGCCGGUCUCCUCGUCGGAGGGUGCGAUCACCGGAACGAGCGGAGAAAGAUGAGCGUGAUAGACCGCGCUUUGUUGAGAUUGAUCGGGAUAGGGAGAGAGAUAGAGAUAGAGAGAGGGAGAGGGAGCGGGAGGGGGAUGAUAGGAGGGCGAGAAGGAGGAGUGUGA